AAUUAGCUCUUAGUCAACAAACUACUUCACAGUUGAGAACAUAAAGGAGCGCUGGGUCUCUUCACACUGUCUAAACUCUUUCUCCUGUCUGUCUUUCUUUUAUCCAGAACGCUGGAAAGAAAAAGAAGAGAACAGAAGUGAAGUCUGAUAUUCUCUCUCUCUCUCUCUCUUUCUCUCUAUCAAGUCAUUGUGCUCGCUCACAUUUGGAUACUGGACAGCACAGUGCAAAAGCACUCAAACGGUCUCGGUUCUGACAGUAGGAGAAGACGACGACGAGAAGAUCGAUCGGCAGAAGACAGAAAGUGUUUCUCUGUGAUGGUUUAUUACAGGAACGCUUCAGCUUUGGUGGACGUUUCUCAUGUUGAUGACAUAUUUUUAAAAACUUCACUGACUUUGAAGCAAAGUCAUCUUCAUUGAGCUGAUAUCUGCAACUUGGGACCACUUGAUCACAAACGGUGAAGAUGAGGUCAAGGACCAGCGACAUGGAGGGACCAGAGAAACCGCUCGCUAAAAUCCACAACACAGAGAAAGAGAGAAGCAUGCUGGAGCAGAUCAAGAAGAAACCUAAAGGUCAGAAGGAAAGCAGCGAGCAGAAAGUUCUUGUUUCUGGUACACUGAAGAAACCUUGUGAGAAAAAUCAGAGGAAAGCUGGACUGCUGGAGCUGUCUAAAGAAGAUCUCAUUCAUCUUCUAGGAGUCAUGGAAGGAGAAGUUCAGGCACGUGAGGACAUUAUCCAUAUGCUCCAGUCUGAGAGAACACGGCCAGAGGUUCUGGAGGCUCAUUACGGUUCUGCGGUCCAUCAACCACUGCAGGCUUUACAGAGAGACAGUCUGAUGACCGGCGGUGACAUGACUAGAGAUGAUGUCUAUGACAUACCCAUGAUAGAGCUGGACCGUCUGGAGGAGAAACAUCGAGACACAUACAGACGGAUGUUAGAACAGCUUCUGUUAGCAGAGAAGUGUCACAGACGGACGGUCGCCGAACUGGAGAGUGAGAAACGCAAACACGUCGACUUCAUGACUAAAAGCGACGAUUUCACCAACUUACUGGAGCAGGACAGAGAACGACUCAAGAGAUUGUUGGAGCAAGAGAAGGUGUUCCAGGCUCGCAAGGACAAGGAUCACAGCAAACGUCUUCAGAAAGUUCAAGAAGAGCUGGUCCAGCUGAAAUCAUUUGCACUAAUGCUGGUGGAUGAAAGACAGCUUCACAUUGAUAAGAUUGACCAGCAGAAACAGAAAGUCCAAGACCUCAGCGAAAAGCUGCAUGAAAGAGAGCAACAAUUGGAGAUUGCCGACAGCAAAGCUAAAGAAGACGGCCAGAAGAUCCAGAGGUUGGAGCUGGACCUUGAACAUAAGACCUCCAAAUUUACACAAGAUCAUGAGGAGAUGACCGCCAAACUAGCCAAGCAGGAAUCUGAAAGCCGACAGCUGCGUCUGAAGUUGGCCAGCCUGUCACGCAAGGUCGAGGAGCUGGAGGAGACCAAUGGUACCCUGCAGAAAUCUGAGGAAGACCUUCAGGACUUGCGGGACAAAAUAAGCAGAGGUGAAUGUGGAAACUCGAGCCUCAUGGCUGAGCUGGAGAACCUUCGGAAGAGAGUGCUGGAGAUGGAGGGCAAAGACGAGGAGAUCACGAAAACUGAGGCGCAAUGCAAAGAGCUAAAGAGGAGGCUUCAGGAUGAGGAGAACCACAGCCGUGAGCUGAAACUAGAAGUAGAAAAACUGCAGAAGAGAAUGGUGGACCUGGAGAAACUGGAGGGAGCUUUUAAUGUGAGCAAAUCUGAAUGUGCUCAACUUCACACCAACCUGGAAAAAGAAAGAGCGCUUACAAAGAACUUAGCCUCUGAGCUAGAAACGGUUAAGAACCACAUGAAAGAUCUCGAGUGCUCAGAAUCGAGGUUGGAAAAGGUUGAGAUGAGUUUAAAAGACGACUUGACCAAACUAAAGUCGUUCACUGUGAUUCUGAUGGACGAGAGGAAGAACAUGGCUGAGCGAAUUAAACAAGAGGAGAAGAAAAGUGAAGAGUUGAGUAAAAUGUUCAAAGCGGAGCAAUGCAAAGUCACGGACGUCACCGAAAAGCUGAUCGAGGAAAGUAAAAAGCUUCUUAAAUUGAAGUCAGAGAUGGAGACGAAAGCGUCCGCUCUUACGAAGGAAAAAGAGGACCUGAAGUCUCAACUUGCAAACAGAGAAGAGAAAAUGAAGGAUCUGAACGAGAAGGUUUGUCAGAUGCAGAGUAAAAUGGACAAGCAGGAGGAGGUCAAGGAUAAGGUGGGAUUUUCCGAAGAAGACAACAAGGUUAAGGAGCUGACCCAGGAGAUCGAAAGACUCAGGAAUCGCCUUAAACAGCUCGAGGUUGUGGAGGGUGAUUUGUUGAAGACAGAGGAUGAGUACGACAUACUCGAGAAGAAGUUUCGAACUGAGCAAGACAAAGCCAAUGCCCUGUCCCUGCUCCUGGAAGAAAUGAAGACACAGAUCACCAAGAACAAAGCCAUAGAGAAAGGAGAGUUGGUGAGCCAAGAAGCCGAACUCAGGUUACGUUGCCGAAUGGAGGAGGCCAGAACGAGAGAUCUUCAGACUGAUGUCCAAGCUCUAAAGGAGAAGAUUCAUGAGCUCAUGAACAAGGAAGACCAACUGUCCCAGCUUCAGGUAGAUUAUGCGAUUCUGCAACAGCGGUUCAUCGAAGAGGAGGAUAAAAAGAAAAACAUGAGUCAAGAAGUCCUUAAACUAACCAAAGAGCUAGAAGCCACCAAGCGAUACAGCCGUGCCCUUAGACCCAGUAUGAAUGGAAGGAGAAUCGUGGAUGUUCCUCUUACUUCCAUUGCAGUACAGACCGACGUGGACAUCAACGAACACGCUGAGGACGAGACUCCGGCGGUCUUCAUUCAGAAGUCUGUCCAAGAGGAAAAUCAUAUUAUGAGCAAUCUGAGGCAAAAGGGUCUCAAGAAGCCGACGGUGCUGGAGCGUUACCCUCCAGCAGCCACAGAGAUGGGAAUGAGGAAACCAUGGACCCCUUGGAUGAAAAAGAAAGAAGCAGUAACUAUCACACAAGAGGUUACGUCAGGCAAAACAACCCAACAGGUCAACGGAACAACGACCACGUCUCCGAAAGCAGGUCGACCCCUCCAUAUUAGGGUGACACCAGACCAUCAGAACAGCACGGCCACAUUGGAGAUCACCAGUCCACGUGCUGAGGACUUCUUCGCCAGCACCACUAUCAUCCCAACUCUUGGUCUCCAGAAGCCUCGGAUAACUAUCGUUCCUACCUCUAUGCUGCCAAAGUCCAAGGGCAAUGGAGGACCUGAGCGGAUGAAGUCCCCAGUUACUAUCACAGCCAUCUCCAGAGCUAAAUCUCCAGAGAAAGGUAAAGGCUCGCUGAUGGAGCAUCCCGCCUCUCCUAUGUCCAUCAUCACUGUUAGUGCAACGCCAAUCUCCCAGGCGUCCAUCUCCCCAGAACCACAGGAGAUGACCAUGGGCAGGGCUGUGUUCAAGCUGACUCCUGAAAAGCAAACCGUACCUACGCCUGUCCGAAAGUACAACUCCAAUAUAAUCACCACAGAAGAUAACAAGAUUCAUAUCCACCUGGGGUCACCUGGGUUCAAGAAAUCUCAGGAUGAUAAAAGCGGCACAGUAACGGUUUGGCCUAAUGGUGUAAGUUCAGAUGGUAAGGACGUGUGUACGGGAACAGUUCUGCGUUCUCCUCGACAGACUUCUGCUAUUUUGGGGAACCCCGGCAAGAUGACCAGCAGCAUCACGAUAACUCCCAUCACCUCGGCUCCUUCGAGAUCAACUCAGUCUGUACAUGGAACGAAUGUGCAGUCAUCUCGCUCCACAACAACAAGAAUCCCUGUGUCAAAAGGUAUGAAAACAGGGAAAGAAGCGGUUAUAGGCCUGUCCACGACAUCACGAUCUGAGAGUCAAUCUAUGAAAAUUGAACUGAGGAAAUCUGCUGUUUGCAGCUCUUUAGUCACAGGAGGAGGAGGAAAGAGUUCAUGUUAAUACACCACACCGCAUUAUCAUUCACACUGAGCCUUACAUUUCUGAACUGAAUCACAAUAUUUCUGGUGUAUAUAUUAAAUGUAUGUCAAAUAAGACUUUAGGUACUGUACAGACACAUGUAACACAUGUAACGUGUUUCAUCUUCGCACGUAUCACUAACUGGUUGUUGUUUUCUUUUCAUAUUUAUUUUUUCAUUUACCAUUUCACUAAUGUUUUACUCUGCCAAGCUGCUUGUGGAGGUUUCCAGAGGGCUGAAAAUGCAUUGUAUCACACUUCACAGAUUGCAUUUUGUGAUUCCACUAAAUAAAUAUUCUACUGCCUUUAAAAUA